CUCCCCCGCUACCCCUUCAGAAACAGCCAGGCUAUAUAACCUGAGCCUUCUUCUCCAGGCAUCCUCAAAAAGGAGGAGGAGAGGGAGGAACAAAAAUAAAUAAUCAAAAGGGGGGGAAAGCUAUCUCAGGAGCAACAGGGUGAUGCGACCAUCACUGCGAAGAGCGCGCUGAGGAAGGAAAGGCGGAAGGUCCGGCAUGACCAAGUCCUUCAGCGAGGGCGGGCUGGUGGGGGAGCCCCAGGUUCUGCCUCCCCAGGGCCCCUCGAGUUGGUCCGGUGAUUGCCUGAGCCCCCCGGAGGUGGAGGAGGAGGAAGAGGAGGAGGAGGAAGAGGAGGCCGACAAGAAGGAGGAGGACCUGGAGGCCGAGGUGGACUCGCUGCGGACAGGCGGCGAGGAAGAGGAGGACGAGGAGGAGCUGGACGACGAGGAGGAGGAAGCCUUGGACGAGGAGGAGGAAGAGGAGGAGGACGAAGAGGGCGAGGAGGGCCCCAAGCCCAAGCGCCGGGGCCCCAAGAAGAAGAAGCUGACCAAGGCGCGCCUGGAGCGCUUCCGCCUGCGCCGGAUGAAGGCCAACGCGCGGGAGCGGAACCGGAUGCACGGUCUGAACGCGGCGCUGGACAACCUGCGCAAGGUGGUGCCCUGCUACUCCAAGACGCAGAAGCUGUCCAAGAUCGAGACGCUGCGCCUGGCCAAGAACUACAUCUGGGCGCUGUCGGAGAUCCUGCGCUCGGGCCAGAGCCCCGACCUGGUGGCCUUCGUGCAGAGCCUGUGCAAGGGCCUCUCGCAGCCCACCACCAACCUGGUGGCCGGCUGCCUCCAGCUCAACCCGCGCACCUUCCUACCCGAGCAGGGCCCCGCCGAGCAGGCCCACCUCCUGGCCCAGCCGGCCCUACCCCAGCCGGGGCCCUUCCCCGGAGCCCCCUUCGCCUACACCUCCCCGGGCCUGCCCAGCCCGCCCUACGGCACCAUGGACGGCGCCCACCUCUUCUCCUCUCUCAAGGGGGCCCACGCCGCCGCCUAUAGCGCCGCCCCCGCCCCCUCCGCCGCCCUCGAGCCCUCCUUCUUCGAGAGCGCCCUCGCCUCCGCCGUGGCCGCCGCCGCCGCCGCUGCCGAGUGCGCGCCCAGCCCCGCCGCCUUCGACGGGCCCCUCAGCCCCCCGCUCAGCGUCCACGGAGGGAACUUCGCCUUCAAGCACGAGGCCGCCGCCGCCGCCGCCUCAGCCACGGCCGCCGCCGACUUCGAGAAGGGCGCCUACGCCUUCGCCAUGCACUACCCGCCCUCCGGAGCCGGGCACGGCGCCCUCUUCUCCUGCGCCGCAGCCCGCUGCGAGAUCCCCCUCGAGGGACUCCUGCCCUACGAGAGCCACGCCCCACACCACCACCAGCACCACCACCACGAGCGGGCCAUGAGCGCCCAGCUCAACACCAUCUUCCACGACUGAGGCAGGCCCUCGCCCUCCCUGGGAGAGCUGCGCCCACCACCCAGAGGGCCUCAAGAAGGAGACCCAUUCUGUGGAGUAUCCCCGGGACAACCUCCUGCUCCAGGAGAACCAUGGUGCCCACCAGGAGAAGGUCAUGUACACCCAGCUCAAUGCCAUCUUCCAUGACUGAGGGAGGCUCUUGCCCACCCUGGGAGAGCUGUGCCCAUCACCCAGCACAAGGCCGUCUUCUAGGACUGAGAGAUGCCACCCCUGAGAGCCUCAAGAAGGAGAUCCAUUUAGUGGAGCAUCCCUGGGACAACCUCCUGCCCCAGGAGAGCCAUCAUGAGAGGUUCAUGAACGUCCAGCUCCAUGCCAUCUUCCAUGACUGAGGGAGGCCCUCAUUCUCCUAAAUGGGGCACCUAAGGACAACUCUCUGCCCUGGGAGAGCUGUGCCCACUACCCAGCACAAGGCCGUCUUCUAGGACUGAGAGAUGCCACCCUUGAGAGCCUCAAGAAGGAGAUCCAUUCGGUGGAGCAUUCCCGGGACAACCUCCUGCCCCAGGAGAGCCAUGGUGCUCACCAUGAGAAUGUCAUGAGCACCCAACUCCAUUCCAUCUUCCGAGACUGAGAGACCUCCCCAACCUGGACGCCACGGGUAAGACACCUGACAGGAACAGGCUCCCUGUCAUACAUCAGCUCCAUGCCUUCUUCCAGGACUGAGAGAUGCCACUCCUAGGAGCCUCCAGCAAGUGGGGCAUCUCAGGGACCUUCUUCUGCUCUCCCAGAGCCACCAGGCCUAGCAGGACAGCAUUCCGAGCUCUCACCUGCACCCCCAGGACAACUUCCUUCUCGCCAUGAGAAAGUCCUGAGUGCACAGCUCCAGGCCAUCUUCCAAGACUGAGUGAUGCCACUCCUAGGAGCCUCCAGCAACUGAGGUGUCCCGGGGACCUUCUCCUGAUCUCUCCAAGCUUCCAGGCUUAACAGGAGAGCAUCCUGAGCACCCAACAGGGUUUUCAGGAUAGCCUCCUGCUCUCCAUGAGAUAGUCCUGAGUGCACAGCUCCAGGACCAGAUAUGCUACUUCUGGCAGCUUCAAGAAGGAGACCCAUUCCAGGGACAAUCUUCUGCCCCUACUAGGCCUAACACAAGAGAGUCAUGAGUGUCCAGCUCAAUGCCAUUUUCCACAACUGAGAGGCACACUGUCCAGAUCUCAUGGGAGGGAGCCCUGGGGAACCCACUUGACAGUAUGUCUUGGGAACAAUUUCCUGCCCUAAGAGAUCUGUAUCCAUCACCCAGCUCAAGGCCAUCUUCCACAAGUGAGAGGCGCCUUGGGAGGGAACCAAAGGAGGCCCAUCUGGUGUCCCAGGGACAACCUCUUUCAGUGCCCACCACAGGAGGAUCAUGAGUGCCCAGCUCCAGGUCAUCUUCCAUGACUGAAUGAUGCCACCUCCCAAGAGCCUCAAAAAAAAGAUCAAUUUGGGUGGGGAACCUCCUGCUGCAAGAGAGCCAUCGUGCCCACCAUAAGAGAUUCAUGAGGGCCAUCUUCCAGGACUGCAAGACCUUCCCAACCUGGACACCACAGGAAAGACACCCAGGGACAACCUCCUGCCAUACGCCCAUCUACAUGACAUCUUCCAGGACUGAGAAAUGCCACUUCUGGUGGUCUGUAGAAGGGGACCCGCUUCUAGGACCACCUCCUUUCCUCCAAAACUGCCAUGCCCACCACGAGAGGGACACAAACAGUCAGCUCAAUGCCACUUUCCACGAGUGGGGGAUCCAAGGAGUCUCCUAGCAGAGCUCAGCUGCCAGUGAAUAAAGAAGCAGGAGGGAAAUAAAAGAGAGGGGAGGCGAAGGGGGAAAGCAACCCAGGCCUUGGAGUCAUCAUCCCCGUGUCUUCUCUUCAAAGACUUUCAGGCAGAAGUUGCCUUCACCUCCCUGCUUCCUGCCCCCCCCCCCCCAUUUUCCCUUUUCCUGGUUCUGUCUAUAAAAAUCACAGAAAAAGAUUCAGCUCCACUCCCUUGAUCUGAUCGGGACAACAACAACAAAAUCGCAAGCAAUAAUUUGGAUCUAUGCAAUUCUUUUUUAAAAAAAAAUUAAUGAAAAGAAGAGAGAAACUUAGUCAGGGGCCAGUUUCAAAAUAAAUAAGAAUGAUGAUAAUAAUGAGAGAGAGAGAAAAGAAGUAUAUAUCAAAUGUCUAUUUUUCAAUCAGCCGCUUUUCUUCCUUCUCCUUGCUACCUUUCCCGUGGUGAGUUUAUUUUGUUGUGAGGUUUUUUUUGUACAGAUUUUUUUAAAAGACACUCUUUUGAUAAAAGACUAUUUUAAAACCA